GGCCAUGUUUACCUGCCGGCAUGCCUCGGUAAAGAGGAGCCGGCAUAUCCCACCUCCCUGUAUCAGACACCGUUGUUUGCUGUCAGUGAUUCAGGCGUAGAAGCUGAAUUUAGCAAAGAGGACAGACACCAAGCGUUUUCGCAAUUUCAGCAUUGGUGUGGCUUCGAAUGAUGUAUUGCAUCUGAGAGUGUUAGAAUUGACUCAGGGUUCUGUUGGUUUUGAGUCAAGUGUCUGACUAGCGGAAGAUGUGAGGCCCUGGACUGGCAUCUGGGUGGUUAGGUAUGCUGAAGUCUGUCAGGAUGUUCUCGCUAGCUGUAGCGGCGUUCUCACUAAUGCUGGUCCUUGUGGCGGGAAGUGGGUCGCUCUAUGUCGGAUUGCAUGAAUUCUCGAAUCCUACCAACACAAAAUUCAAUGGCGCUUGUUGCGGUGGGGGAACGUCACACUCCUGCACUUCCGAAUGUCGUCUGCUGUUUGACAUCAGCGUCAAAGGAUUCGAACAAGAGGAAACAAAGAGUCUACUGGACAUCCCUAUCCUGGGAUCCAAGGUCCUUUCUAUACCUCUGUCCAGUCAAAUGAGGAACCCGCUGUCGUUUUCCUUCAAGAGAUGGCCGGGCCAGGUCAAUAUAGUUGUGAGAAUUUACGACAUGCAUAAAGAUUCCAGCGGUUUGGUGGAUGAAUUUAAGUUUCCAUUUAAACACAGGACCCCUAACAUCAACUAUAAAAACGUUACAGAGUAUGGGACGAGGCCUUCCAAAAAUACCAAACUACGAAUGUUACUAAGGUAUGACUGUGAUAUUUACUUUGAGGAAAAUGACUGUAGUGUGUUUUGUCCUCCUGGAAUAUCACCGUGUCCAAUCCGAAAAACCGGAUCAACCGAAUCCACCACGGAUUGGACUUUUUUAUUAACGACUACAGUACCACAUCCUGGAAAAAUGUGCCAUACAGUGGGUCCUCUUUCUGCGGUUAAAAACUUGAAUAUAAAUGGAUCUUCAGAAAACUGUACCGAUAAUAAUACCGAGAAUUCCUCUUCGAGCACACCGCCGAAAUUUUUAACAGAAGUUCCAACGACAAAUUUUGCUAUACCAUCUUCAAUAGAAACCACGUUGGAAACUACAGAGGUUAACGUUGAAACUGUUACAGAAUUCUCCACAAAUGAGAACACAGACAUCUUAAGUGUGUCUUCAGUGGGAAGCACACUGCAAUCCACGGAAGUGGAAACUGUUACAGACUUCUCCAUAAACAUGAACAAUAGUACAGAAACUGAAAGUUCAACUGAGGAUUUGAUGACGACAUUAAUAUCGAGCGAUAAGAUGACCCCAAAAACUAAAACCGGAAAACCUUCCACAAUAUUGACUACAAUUACGAAAUUAAAGCAACCAAGUACGAAGUCUAGCAUGGGAACUAGCAAGAGGGUACAUCCGACAAAUCGAAUGGGCAGUCUACUCACAACUCCACAAAUGUCCACCUAUCAAACGUCAUCAAAGAUCCCUAAUGGCGGGAAAACCAAUAACGAUGACGUCAUGCACUAUUGGCCAGCCAUUGUUGGGGGAGUGCUUGGGAUCAUGGCAAUCAUUGCAGUGCUCGGUGCAUUUAUUUACGUACGGAAAUUAAAAGCUCAACAAAAGAAAACAGAAGACAUUUAUAAUGUAAAUCCACAAACAUGGAUUUUGGACACGAAUGAAAAUGGGACCUCUGGAAUGUCCGAGAUUGCUCUCGAGACGGAAUUAGUCUGAGAUUAUAUCGCUUUUUCCUGGAGACAGGUUUAUCCAAUGUGUUCAUCUUUCUUCUGUUUUGCAAAAUGGAGGAAUUGCUUUCGGUCGUUUAAAAAGUGAUUCUUUGUAGGUGGGUUUCCCUAUUUUAAGGGUGUGUUUCACGACUAUUACACAGAGUUCAAGGGGAAAUAAUGAUCUAUUAUUUUACGUGAAGUUGUGUUCCUUAAUCCCUUUAUUUGGUGGAUUAUUUAUUUUCAUAACGGGUGUUUCUUUAAACAGUUUUAUGUUGACAUCGUCAUUGAAUUCAUAUCUAACAAGAAUUCUCUUGUACUUCCGGUUUUUUGAAAUCGAUCCCGCAAGUGCUGUCGUAUUUACGAACACCAACAAGGAUUGUAUUUGGAGAAGGGAUUAAAUGUUAUUUUCUUUUUUCCGAAAACGACUUGGAAGAUAUUUUGGCGGCGAACACGGAAAGGAAAUAUAAAUUGCUUUUUAAUCUCUGCUAUAAUUACUCUGUACUUCAUAUUUUUUAUGACCAGUAUCUUCGACAUGUUUGAUGACGUAACAUGAUUUUAACCAAUCGCUGUUAAUUUUCUAUUUUUGUUUCUGUUUGUAAUUGAUGUUGUGUUGUUGUAUAAUUUGUAAAUUCUUUUUCAAUGAGACACCUUUGAAUAGUUCUAAUACAAUCGAUGAACUAUUAAGUAAUUCAGGUGUUGAUACAAUGUUUUUAUAAUCAUGUGCCUUUCUUUUUCUCUAUUAUCAUCUGUAUAAAGCACGAGAUGAUUCUGGAGAGCCGUCAAAAUUAAAUCAUUUUCUUCUAUAAAGUUUACAAUUGUAUCCAUUUAAUCUACAUCUAAUAAUGAUUAGAAUUACAUGUAUGUAUUACGAAGAAGUAUUUUGUGUCCUGUAGCAAUGGACUUAAUAUGAGGAAAUAUUAUAUUAAAUGUCUACAUACUUUCAUCAAUUGUUUCCAUUUUUCUGAUGUUACUUUUUGAGGGACUUGGACACGAUUGGAGAUCAAAAAUUUUAUUCAAUUGUUAUGUAUAAAAUGUUUUACUGGUACAGUUUCAAUGAUUGACCAAAAUAUUGAAUGUUAAAGUCAAGUUACAAUCGAGAUACAGAGGUACGAAUUGAUUAUUAUGUACACAAAGCUCGAGUCUUAUACAUGUAGUUGUUUACAAAAAAUGUAAUGUAGAGAAUUGCCAUUUCUAAGACAAAAUGACUUGUAAAAAACAAUUUAAACUAUUAAAUUCGAUUUCUUCAUAAAUACUAUUUAAUGUGUUGUAUUGGUGUAAGUUUUAAUCAAAGGUAUCUUUCUUUUGUUGGUAUUACCAACAAAAGAAAGAUACCUUUGAUUAAAACUUACACCAAUACAACACAUAUGUAAAAAUGACAAUAUUGGAGCUUUGUUUACAAAACAAAGAAUUAUGAACUCUGUAUCUUGCUUAUAACUUGAUAUUUGAGUUUCAAAUUUUGACAUUGCAUUAUAAACUUCUAUAUUUAUCAUUAUAAAGAUUGAAAAUGGAAAAAUAAAAUUUGAAAAUUUUAAUCGUGUCCAUGUCCCUUUAAUAUAAUUGGAAAUGUUUUGUUGCUAAUACUUGUACAUGAAUAAUAAUAUAUAGAAUACAAAUAUACAAAUAAACGAAACACGAAGAUAAU